GCCAACCUAGGCCACAGCACGGCCCGGCUGGGAUCCCGUAACCGCGGGGACCGCUUGGCGCGAUGGACCCAACGCUGGCCGCGCAGAUGAGCGAGGCGGUGGCGGAGAAGGUGCUCCAGUACCGGCGGGACGAGUCAGGAUGGAAGAUUUGCCGGGAAGCCAAUGGAGUGUCAGUUUCCUGGAGGCCAUCUGUGGAGUUUUCAGGGAACCUGUACCGGGGAGAAGGCAUCGUGAACGCGCCCCCGGAGAAGGUGUGGGUCUGCAUCAAGCCGCUUCCUGGGACCCUUCGGGCCAAGUGGGAUGAGAACGUGAGCAGCUUUGAAAUUAUCGAAAGCCUCACUGAUACGCUGUGCGUGAGCAGAACCACCAGCCCCUCAGCUGCCAUGAAGCUUAUCUCCCCCAGAGACUUUGUGGACUUGGUGCUCAUGAAGACGUAUGAGGACGGGACCCUCAGUUCCAAUGCUAUCAACGUGGAGCACCCGUUGUGUCCCCCAAAGCCGGGUUAUGUGAGAGGGUUUAACCACCCUUGUGGCUGCUUCUGUGAGCCUGUGCCAGGGGAGCCCAACAAGACCCACCUGGUCACGUUCUUCCAGACCGACCUCAGCGGCUACCUCCCGCAGAGCGUGGUGGACUCCUUCUUCCCCCGAAGCAUGGCCGGGUUCUACACCAACCUGGAGAAAGCCGUGAAGACUUUGUACGACUGACGUUUGCACCUGCUAGCCGAGGACUCCCGGGACUCACUGCAGAGCCCCGAUGCCAGGGUACCAGAGAGCUCCGAGGGCCAGUUUUCACCCUAUGGGACCUGCUUGGGGACAGCUCAUCUCGGUGGAGAAACCGGUGGGAGUGGCCUCCGCCACCCCACUCCCCGCUCCGGGACGGCGAGGGAGUCGCUCCUUGGCCCUGGCUGUCCGCAGACCCCAAGGGGUGCGCUCUGGUCUGAGGCCUGUGUGCGCUAGUCACCGCCAGAGGCCACCUGCCCCCGCCGGUUAGGAAGGACCCCCACUGACGCCAAAAGCCAGGCUCUGCUGCCUGGUUCGCACCCAGUGCUCUCCGAACUGAUCACACGGCCCCAGGUUUCCUCCUUAAAACAAUAAUGGCUUGGAAAAUACUCUUUUAACAAAUGAGCUAAGCAUUGGGGAAAAAUACAUUCGAUAUUUCUUUUG